AUGGUGAUUCGUUUGUUCUACGGAUUUGGAAACACGGAGUUCUCAGAAGUAGAUUGUUUCGUGGUUAUGGACGGUGAAUAUGUGGCCAAAGCUAGCCAGGAGUCCAUCAGUUCAGUUGGCGUACAUCCCAGAGAGAGUUUGGACCAACAAGGAAGUGUCCCACUUGCAUCUGAAGGUGUUCGAUUGUGGGUUCCUGUAAAGAAUAAGGUCAUCAGAAGUAGAGAUGUAGUCUUCCGAGAAAGUGAAGUUGGAACUGCUGACGAUAUGCCAGAGAAGGCCAAGAAUGGCAAUAAGAGAUGGAAUCUCUACCGAAAAAUGGCACUUACAAGCUGGUUGAACUUCCAAAGGGCAAAAGACCACUCAAGUGUAAGUGAGUCUUUAAAAUCAAGAAAGAUGGAAAUGGAAAGCUGGGGGUUUAUUCCCAACUGUAUACCUCUCUCAGAAGUGGCACCUUCAAAAUGGCGAGAUGCAUUGAGCACAGGCUUCCAAUUCUUCAUAGGCCUUGGCGUUGUUAUAGCGAAUUGCAUAAACUAUGCCACCUCUAGGCUCAGCUGGGGAUGGCGCCUCUCCCUCGGCCUGGCCAUAGUUCCAGCCAUGAUAAUGACCAUAGGUGCACUUCUCAUUUCAGACAUACCUAGCAACCUAGUUGAGCGUGGAAACUGUAGGCAAGCAAAGCAGUCUCUAGCAAAAGUUCGAGGAACCAAUAAUAACACUGAAAUUGAAGCUAAGUUACCUGAUCUUAUUAAAUCUAGUGAAAGUGCUAGAGCUUCAAACGAAGAGCCUUUUGUAACAAUCUUUAAGAGACGACAUCGGCCUCAUUUGGUCAUGUCCAUUGCCAUACCAUUUUUCCAGCAAAUGACGGGGAUUAAUAUCAUUGCAUUCUACGCCCCUGUCCUUUUUCGAUCAGUCGGUUUUGGGAAUAACUUGGCUCUACUUGGUGCUGUUAUACUUGGAUUAGUCAAUCUUGGUUCAAUCCUUUUGUUUACUGGUAUUGUUGAUCGGUUUGGUCGGAGAUUUCUCUUCAUACUGGGUGAAGUACAAAUGCUCUUCUGCCAGGUAGCUAUUGCUUCUACACUUGCAGUUUCAAUAGGUGAAAAUGGAAACAAACACAUAACCAAGCAAUAUGCUACCUUAGUACUUGCCCUGUGCAUCUAUGCUGCUGGUUUUGGUUGGUCAUGGGGUCCUCUAAGUUGGCUCAUUCCAAGCGAAAUAUUUCUGAUGAACAUUCGAUCGACGGGGCAGAGCAUAAGUGUGGCCGUGAACAUUGCCACCACAUUUGUGUUGUCUCAGACAUUUUUGGCAAUGCUUUGUCACUUCAAGUAUGGGGCUUUCUUGUUCUUUUCUGGUUGGAUUGCUGUUAUGACCAUUUUUAUAGUGAUGUUUAUGCCAGAGACUAAAGGUGUUGCUUUGAAUUCCAUGCAUCAAGUGUGGGAGCGGCACUGGUUUUGGGGUAUAUAUGUUAAAGAUCAGAGCUAGUGCCGCAACAGAGUGAGCAAAGAAGUUGAAUGGAUUAUA